AUGAACACUCAAAGUACUACCAUCCCAUCAUCAUCAUCAGAUGAUACUACGACUAGUGGUAGUAGUAGUAAUACCAACACUCCACCAUCCACUCCAUCUACUCCAACCUCUUCGUCCUUCGCUUCUCUCUCGGACACUUUCAAAAGGCUUAUCAAGUCCAAAGAAACAACAACCUUGCUUGAUCUCAUUCAUUUUAUUGAACACAAUCAUCAAUUGAAUACUCUCUUGGAAACCAAUUCUAUUCAUAUGAAUGAACAACAAAUUGAUACCAUCAAAUUAAAUGUUUUGAAAAGAAUGAUUCAUCUAUUGAACGUUCAUUACGUGAAUUAUUAUUAUAAGAAUUAUAAUAUCAGUGGAGUGAAUACUAACAACACGACUAUUAGCAGUGGUCAUCUUCAUGCUCAUGUCAACAGAGAGUUUGUGUAUUUAUUCAAAUCGACGAUGAGAGUCUUGAAUAGACAUUUCCUUCCUUUGACUCGAGAAGCAGCAACAAUCAAUGCCACUGAGACCUCUGCUACCAACACCACUACUACUACUACUACUACUACGGAGGCUACUAUGAGUGAUGAUAGUCAUCAUCAGAAGAGAACACACUCCAUGACUCUCAUUCCUUCUCAAAAAUUUACUCAACUCAUUGUUCAUGACCUUCUCAAAUACUAUGAACAACAUGACUUGUUGAACGAAUAUGUAUUGACACUUCUCUUGUUGAGGUCCUAUACUCCAUUAUGGUCAACCGAUAGUUCACAAGAUGCUUCCUCAAUUUUUUACUCAUCAUUCACUCAAGUCUUGAUGAAUACUACCAAAGCCAAUGUUAAAAUUCAAAUCACUAAUGAUGCUUGGUAUGCCAUUUUCAAACAAAUUCACACACACAAUAAGCAAUAUUUAUUUGGUCUUGUAGAUACUUUGGAGAGAGCAUUCAAGAGAAGUAAACAAACCAUGGGACCAAUCAUUGCUCAAAUCUACAAUGUGUGUUGUAAUGAUCCUGAAAUGGUAAAGAGUCAAGUAUUGAAUAACAUUUUGUUAGAAAUGUUAAAAUUGAAGAAUGAAGUUGUGCUCGUUGAGAGUGGUAUUUCUAUGGUCAUUUCACAAACAUUGAAAUCUACAUGUGACAAUAACGAUCAAUUAGUAAUUAAGAGAAGUGAAGUUCAAUUGUUGGAUACAAAGAUCAAACAAGCAAUGUUUGAAAGAAUUUAUUUUCAAUUAAUGCUAUUGAAUAAGAACAUUGAUCAAAAACAUUCAAUGAUCAAUUUGAAGACAUCUAUUUCCAUAUUUGAUAAAACCUUCAACCAAAUUGGUACAGGGUUAAAAUCUGAAAAGAAUAUUCAAGAAUUGGUAUCCUUUUUAUUUGACUAUUUGAAUACCACACCUGCAAUGACUGAAAAUUGUCAAUCUCUCAUUCAUGUCACUAACAUUUUGAGUGAACUAUUUACAGACUUUAAUAUCAAACAAAUUGGAGAUGUUACCUAUUUGAAUUCGAAUCAACACAUUUUGACAACAUUCCAAAAGAUAUUCAAAUUAGAAGGAGAUGAAAUUGUUGAAGUGAAGAAGACUCUCCUUUCAUUCAUUUCCACUGUUUGUGUGGAAUUGUUGAAUUCAGACAUGCCAUCACCAAACAUUGAAACUUUUUGUUUGGAUGUCAUUACACUCUCUGAAAAGAAGAAAUCACUUCGAUCUCUUGCUCUCUAUUGCUUUGCUUUACUUACAGAUGGUGUUUUGAUUUUGAAUAAGGAAAGUAUUGUCAAAUCAUUGCAACAAAAUUUAAAGAAGAUUCUUUCGUUCCUCUUUACAAAGGAAACACUCGAAUAUUUAACACAACCUAAAGACUAUCAUGCACUUGCACAUGUUGUCAAGAAUGUAUUGUUUGCAACUCAACAUGGAGAUUACUUUGUUAGACUUUCCAAAAUGAUUUCAUCAUCACUCUCGAAUGCAAUCAAAAGUGAUUUGUAUUACAUGUGUUGUGUUGCAUUGAGUAAUGCUAUGGAUCAUCAUCAUCCUCAACGAAUGUUAGCUGAACAUAUUCUCAAUCAAUAUUCUCCAUUGGAUUCGAAUCACAAUUUAAUGGAACAAAUUUUGAUGGAAGGAUUCUAUGGAAGGUUAUUGAUUGAGUUAGAAGAUCAAAUGACCAUUCAACAACAACAACGACUACGACACGAAUUAGAAGAUCAAGAUACUCAUCAUCGACCAUCUUCCAUCUAUACUCAUAGCUCUUUGAAAUUUGCCAUUGAUACAUUGAGAGAUUGCUUUAUUAAGAAACAUUUCAAAAUUGAAAAGGAGAAUCUCUACAAGUUAUUUAUCAUGAUGAAUCAUCCAGCCAUUGUUGAAAAUCCUCAUGCGAUGGUUCACAAUGAGCGAUACAAGACGUUAUUGUUGAGUCCAUUGACACGAGUCAUGGUGGUGAGUGGAUCAAUGAGUAGCAACAAUGACAUUCAACAUGAACAUCACAUUGACAAUCUUGCAGAAUAUUUAAUCAAUGAAAUUGAUGGUGAGAACAGUAACACUAGAUCUCAUAUGCGAACAGCCAUUGCAUAUUCAUUGAUUUCAUUGUUGCUAUGGAAGCAUGCUAAAUUUAGUCACAAGAUUUUUGAAAUUAUUGCAAAACGAUUAACACCACAUGUUCACUAUUUGUUUGAAAGUAAUGAAUUUGAUAGCACAGAUUUUAUUAUUUUCAAUAGAAAAUCAGAAGAACCUUAUCAUGACUUGGAUAGUGAAGUGAACAAACAUCCAAUUUAUAGACAAGGAUCAUCAAGUACUGAACUUUUAACUGAAAAACAACUUGUGAAAUACUAUCGAUAUCAUUUGACUGAUAAGGAAUGGGAAGUUAUUCAAAAUAAGGAAAAGACAAUCAAGAAGAAUCUCCAAGAAAGUAGAAAACAAUUUGUUAAAGAAACAAUGAUCAAGAAGGAAAAUGCAUUGAGACAAAUCAUUGAGAAACAAGUUCAAAAAAUUGAAUAUUUACUUGACAUUCUCUAUCAAAUGACUCAAUUAACAGUUGGUGAUAAGAUGAGUGUGGAUAUUGUGACAAAAGGAGGAGCAAGUGAUGAUCAACAAGUAGAACAAAUUGAAACUCAUCAUCAAACUCAUUUCUUGAAAUUCCCAUGGUCUCUUGUUCUUUUCAAAGUGACUGAUUUGAUUGACAAGUAUCAAUACUUUGAAAAGUUAUCUUGUCAAGCAUUUACCAUUUUGAAAUGUGUGAAUAGAAAUACUUUAACUCAUUUGGACUUUGCUUCUCAAAAUAUCAAAACUAGUACACAAAGAAAGAAUACAAUUUCGAAUGAAGCACUUGCAGACAUGUUGGCUGUGGCUACUUUCCGAAUUAGGAAUCGAUUGCAUGAGGUGAUGUCCAUUCCAUUAUUGAAUCACGGUACAAGUAGUGGUGAUGAUGAGAAUCAUGAUUCAGAGUCUGGCACAACUAGCAAUACCACCACCACCACCAGCAGUAGUAGUAGUACUAGCAAUACCACCAGCAGCAGUAGUAGUACUCUCAAUCACCAUUACGAACCAAUCACUCGUUUCAUUCCUGGUUUUGAUAACAAUUUACUCUUUGGAGAUUAUAUCAUUCACAAGAUUCGUCUCCAAUUUCCAAACAUGUUAGAGGCUGAAGAAUUUACAAGUGUUUUACCAUUCCUUGAAGCCAUGUUGAAUCGACAAUCAGUCAUUUCCAAACCUGAGCAUCGAUUCGAUACAAGUACACUCACCACAUGUAUGUCUAUUUUGAGUGCACAUGCUGGUAAAACUGAUUUAUCAAAUAUUACAAGAAAUAAGGUUAUGCAAAUUUGUGUGAAUGAAGUUUUACCUUUCAUUCCACAUUUGAACAAACAAGCAUUCAAUUCUAUUAUGGCCAUGGCACCAUAUCUUGUUGAUGAAUUUUCACCUCUCAUGACAUCGAUUAUUUAUUCAGAAAUGGAGAAUGUGAGAUUGUGUUGUUUAAAGACAUUGAUUCAAUAUUUAACAAGAGGAGAUUUGAAGAAAUUAAGUCCUUCUCAAUCACAAGAUAUCAAAUUUACUUUAUUCUAUGCUCAAUAUGAUACUUGUGAAGAAGCUAGUAAGAUUGCAAAGAAUGCCAUUCAUGAACGUAAAUUAUAUUCCUAUCACUCGAGUAGUGAUGUGGAUGAUCUUGUUGAGAGAUGUUUACCAUUGAUUUGUUGUGAAGAGGAUGUUCCAAGUUCAACAGCAUCGCUAUCACUCACAACAUCACUCACAACAGCAUCGCCAUCACUCACAAGUCACUCCAUUCAUCAUCCUCCAACCUAUUACAGUAGAAAUAAUUCAUGUUUGGCUUUGACUGGUGCUCUCAAAGAAUUAACUCAAAAUGACAAGAAUAAGAGAAAUAAUAUCAUUCAUCACAUUCUCAUGAAAUUAACAAAAGUAUUUGAAGAGAAACAACAAAAGAUUCAAAAAGAAUCUGAUUUUGAUCCUCUCAUUACCAUUGCAUGGCUCUUCCAAGAAAUUUCACCAUUCACCUAUACCAAGAAUGAUCUCACCACACUCUUUGACUUUGUUGUACAAGUUGGUUUUAAACAAUUAGAAACACGAUUCGAAGAACAAUAUCAAACUCUAUUAGAUGAAAUGGUCAAUGUAGGAUUAGCACUUGUCUAUAAUCAUGGAAAGGAAAGCACGAGCGUCUUGAUUGAUUUAUUUGAAAAGUAUUUGAGUCAAUUGCAAAAGACUUCCAAUGACUUUGCUACAGCUACUGUUGUGGUAUGGUAUGGAAGUGUUGCCAAACAUUUUGAUACCUCCGCAUCUUCAGUACCUAAAAUUAAGAAGGCCAUUGAUCAAUUGAUUGAUGCAUUGAGUAUUCCAUCCAACUCGGUUCAAAAAUCCAUCAGUGAAGCACUCUCUCCUCUCAUCGCCAGUAUUUAUCAAAAAGAGAAGGAUUAUAUUUUCAACGAGUUGGUGAAUAAGCGAUUAUUGUCAUUUUUAUUGUAUGGCAUCAAAGAUGAGAAGAAGCCUCUUCAGAAGGGUCUUUCAAGUAACACCGCCCCCACUACCACCACCACCACUUAUGGUAUGAAACGAGGCUUUGCAUGGGGUUUGGCGGGAGUCAUGUACGGUUGCGGACUUCAUGACACGUAUCAAUAUGUCAUCUCUCCUUUGAAUCAAUUCUUGUCGAGUAGUAAGGCUGAUAAGAAGGGUAAAGAGGGAUGUAUGCUUGCCUUUGAAUGUCUCUCUCAUCGAUUCUUGAAUCUCUUUGAACCUUAUAUUGUUGAAGUCAUGCCAAGUAUUCUCAAUCAUGCAUUGAGUGAUCCAUCGAAGGAAGUGAGAAUGGCAGGUGAACAAGCAGUGAGUGUUAUUCUUUCUCAAUUAACACCCUAUGGAGUGAUUCAAUUAUUACCAACAGUCAUACAACCAACAUCUAAUGACAAUUGGAGACAAAAAGCAGCCAAUAUUCGAUUAUUGGGACAUAUGGCCUAUUGUGCACCAAGACAACUCUCUGCCUAUCUUCCAACAAUUAUCGGAAUUUUGAAAGAAGCAGUCAAUGAAACACAUCCUGAUAUCAUUGAAGCAUCAAAGAGAAGUUUAGAAAGAGUUGGUGGAGCCAGUCGAUCACCAGAGAUUUCAAAACAAGUUCCACUCUUAUUAGAAGCAUUGACAAAUCCAGAACAAAAGACCAUUGAUAAGGUUUUAGAAUCACUUUUAUUCACACGUUUCACACACUCGAUUGAUAGUGCUUCAUUGGCACUCUUAAUGCCAGUCUUGACUCGAGCACUCAAUGAACGAUACACGGAUAUCAAAAAGAAGGCCUGUCAAAUCAUUGGUUCCAUCAGUGCGCUCAUCAUUGAUCCUAAACGAGACUUAUUCCCAUAUAUGGAAUCUUUGAUUCCCAUCCUUAAAAAUAUUUUAAUGGAUCCAAGUCCUCAAGUACGUGCCUCUUCAGCCAAAGCCAUUGGUCAAUUAUGUAAAUCUGUUGGUGAAGACAAUGUAUCGGGUGUCAUGUCAUGGCUUCAUGAAAAGUUGAAACAACAAGGUUCAGAAUAUAUUACAGAACGUUCAGGUGCAGCACAAGCUUUGUGUGAAAUUAUUGCAGCACAAGGUGUUUCUAGACUUCAAAAAUCACUUCCAUUCCUUCUUUCUCAAAUUGAAGGAGAUCAAGUGGAAGAAGGUUACAUGCAAGUCUUUGUUUAUUUGCCUGCAUUGAUGAAAGCACAAUUUGAACCAUUUUUAGAAUUGUGUUUACCAAAAAUUUUGAAUGCACUUUCACAUCCUAAAGAAAAUAUUCGAGAAACAGCAUUACAAAGCUCACGUGUGAUUGUUGAAUUAUUCACGGAUAGUGCAAUGAAUAUUCUUGUUCCUGCUCUACGUGAAGGAUUAGAAUCUGAAGAAUGGAGAACUCGAUACAAUUGUUUGGUUUUAUUAACUGAUUUGUUAACUCGAAUGACUGUUUUAUAUGGUAAUAGUGAAGAAAUGCAAAAAGUUGAAGAAAAUCCAAUUCAACUCAGUGUGGUUGAAAGAGUACUCUCCAGUGAUAUGGUUGCUCAUGUCAUUUCAUUAACAUUUAUUGCAUUGAGUGAUAUCAAUUUGAAGAGUGUUGCUAACAAGUUAUGGAAAGACAUGGUUCCUAACACUCCAAGUACUCUAAAGAAUUAUUUACCACAAAUUAUUGAAAGUAUGAUCAAACAUUUGAAUAUGAGUGAAGAUCAAAGAUUUAUUGCUGGUAAAGCAUUGGGUGAAUUGGUAUUGAAAUUAGGUGAACGUGUGUUGAGUGAAUUAAUUCCCAUGUUACAAUCUCAAUUAUUAGAUCCAGAUUCAAAUCCUGAAAAGAGACAAGGUGUUAUUUUGGGUGUUACAGAAUUGAUGAGUGCUGCAUCUGAUAAACACUUGCAAGCCUAUUCUUCUAAAUUGAUUGCCAUUGUGAAGAGAGGUAUUUGUGAUCCAGAUUCAAGUGUAAGAGAUUCAUCUUCAAAUGCCUUUGAUGUUUUGUGUAGUAUUAUGGGUGAACGAUGUGUCAAGGACAUUCUCUCUCAAUUAUUGAAUGAUUUAGAGAAGGCUGACAAACCACAAAUUGUUGAAAUUGCUUCUAAUGGAAUGCAACAAUUGGUUCGAGUGAGACCACAACAUGUAUUACCAAAAUUAAUACCAGCCUUGUUACAUACGGGUAGUUCUGCUGGUGCUACGAGUGGUGGUAGUUCUGGUAGUUCUGGUGCUAGUUCAUCAUUCUUACUCACAGAUACUCAACUCUCCACAUUGGGCAAUGUUUGUGAUAGUGUCUAUGAAUAUGAUCAUAUUGAAGAAAUGAGUGAAUUUAUUUUACCAAUGGUUGAAAAAUUAAUGAAUCAAUUAGCACAAAGUCCAUACAUUGAAAGUGUGACCAAUGUGGAUGAAGAAUCUAUUCUCAUAUUAAGAACCAUUUCAAAAGUAUUACAAUGUUUAGAUGUUAUUGAAGGAUAUACCAUCUUUGAAUUGAUUGGUAAUCAAUUUGCAUCCAAUGAUGCCAAAAUAAGAAGAUCUGCAUGUCUAUUCAUGCAAAUGAUCUUUAACAAGUUGUUGAAUGAAGAGACCAUUACAGAAGACUUCAUUACUUAUGGUCUAUUACCAAUCUAUGAACAUUUAAUUACAGCAUUUAAUGAUCCUGAUGAUGGAGUAGUUCAAUGUGCAUGGCAUGCUGUUGAAAAGUUAAUCAACAAGUGUCUCUCUAAAGAAGUUCAUUACAAUGAUUUCAUUCAACCUACAAGAGAAUAUAUUCGUAAAUUAACACAAGUCUCUAAUAUCACUGGUGAAAUUAUUCCAAUUGAUUUGCCUGCAUUUAACAAGUUGACACGUGGAGUUGAACCAAUUUUGAAUUUAUACAUUCAUGGUCUAUUAUUUGGAAAGACACCAGAAGCACGUGAAAACUCUGCAUUGGGUAUUGGAGAUGUGAUUCAAAUGACUCAAGCCAAACAACUCUCACCCUAUGUCAUUAAAAUUACAGGACCAUUGAUUCGUGUGGCUGGUGAUCGAUUCCCAUGGCAAGUGAAAGCAGCCAUUCUUCAAACUUGUUCUUCAUUGAUGGAUAAGGGAAGUUUAAUGUUGAAACCAUUCCUUCCUCAAUUACAAGCAACAUUUAUUAAGGGAUUACAAGAUUCUUCUGCAUCUAUUUUAAGAAAAUAUUCCGAACAGAGUAUUCCAAAAUUGAUUGAUUUGGGAUGUCGUGUCGAUGCAUUGGUGAGUGCAUUGAAUGUUGCUUUGAAAGCAAAUGCAUUGGCUGGAAAGGGUGGAGGAUCUGUGAAUGAUUUUGUCAUUUCCAUUACAAGAACUUUGAAUCAUAUUUUAUUACAAACUUGUGAUCAACAAAAGACAAAAGGUGUUCCCUAUGAUCAAUGUAUGGAUACAUUGAGAAAGAUAUUGGGAUUGAGUGAUUCACAAGAAUGUUUGAAUAGUCUUCUCACCAAACAAUCGAUUCAACAAGAUUCUGAUCGUAUUUUGGACAUUUGUGCACAAUGUUUGUCCAUUUGUUGUCGAGGAAUUUAUUUACAAUCGAAUAAGAAUGAUCAUAAUUCUAUUGUGAUGGAAUUUAUGAGAGGAGUAAUGGCACAGAAUGAUAAUUUAUAUGUGACCUUUGUGGUCAUGUCUCAUUGGGCAGUCGAUCCCAUUCUCUCAGAAUUUACAUUGUCAGUGGUGAAAGAAAAGAUUGAAAAGGCAUCCAAUGAUCCAACCAUUCAAAGUAAGGUUGCCAUUUCACUCUCAAAGGCAGCCACAAGAUUGAUUAUGCAAAAUCUUUCUCAUGUUUCAUUAUCCAAUGACAUGUUGAAUGUGUUAAAGAAUCAAUUCGAUAAGGCCUAUCUCAAUGCAACUGCUAAUACCAAUGCUCUUCGAUAUGAACUUGCCAAAUGUAUCAAGAAACUUGUCAAGGCUUAUCGUGAAAUGUGUUGUGAUUAUUCAAAAAUGUUUGAUUUUGUGGAGGUGUUAAUGCAAGUGGGUAUUAAGGACAAAUUCCCACCAGCUAAAUUGUGUAAUGAGAGAACUCUCUUCUACAUGUUAGGAUUUGCUGAUAAUGAUAGUAGUCGAGUCAUUACUGAAUAUUGUUCACAUAAGAAACUUUCAGCUAAGGAAUCAAAGAUGGUGGAAGAUUUUGGAAUCAAAGUAUUGUCCAAGUUGAGUAUGGAAGAUUCAGAUUUGGAGAGAGAUGAAGAUGAAGAGGAAAAGUAUUAUGAAUAA